UGCAAAGAAAAAAAAAUAAUAAAGAAGUUGUAAGUGAAGUUGAAGUAGUUAUAUGUGCUAAGUAUCUUUCAAGAAUGGAUAAAAAGGCGGUUCAUAAUUCUGUGUAUAACUUUAAUGUAGGUGAAUAUGUUUUUCUAAAAAAAGACUUUGAUGCUAACCAAGCAAACAAACGUAUAAAAUUUGACCCAAUUUUUCACCCUGCAGCUAUAAUAAAAAAAAUUUUAUCUGAGAAUCGACUACUAAUUGAUCAUGGUGAUAGAACCGAGAUAGUAUCUAUGGCCAACGUAAUAAAAAAACAAUUAAACGGUGUUUUUUUGGUACUUAAAAAAUGUUAUAUUUUACAACUUAACUUUUUAUAA